AUGGAAGAUCUUUUCCCAGAUGAAGACUUAGCAUGCGUGGAAGAAGAAGAGUGUAAAGACUGGUGGCAGUUGUACUUUGAUGGUGCAACCAAUCAAAGGGGAUACGGGGUUGGAAUAUUACUAAUAACCCCAGAAGUCCUUUAUCUCCCUUUUGCUUUCCGAUUAGAAUUCCAAUGUACCAACAACAUCGCAGAGUAUGAAGUAUGUGUGAUUGGCCUUGAGGCCGCCAUGGUAUUGGGAAUCAAGAAGUUGAAAGUUUAUGGGGAUUCGUCAAUCGUAAUCUAUCAAACUCAAGGGAAAUGGAAAAUAAAAGAUGAAAAGCUGAAACCCUAUCAGGAACACUUGGAAGGGAUAAUCAAGAAUUUUGAAGAAGUCACAUUCGAAUAUUUGCCAAGAGUCAACAAUAGAUUCGCAGACGCUUUGGCCACCCUCGCCUCAAUGGUUGAAUGCAGCUCAGAUACCCAGAUCCAACCAUUUCUGGUAGACAAAAGAUGUGAGCUGGCAUAUAAAGAAUUAGUGAAUGUCUUGACCGUUGAUGGAAAAAUAUGGUUUGCACCCAUAAUUGACUUCAACAGAGAAAGGAGGUAUCCUGAACAAUUCCCUGUGGGUGAAAAGAAGCGGCUGCGAAAGUACGCCAUGUAA